GGAAAGAGGGGGGAAGGGAGUGAGUGAUUUGAAACAAGUCGAGACGAGCACAGAAGCAAAUCCAUGUUGAUCCCCCCCAAGUCAGGUGAAAAUGGACUUAUCCAGCUGAUAGAAUCGAUAGGUAAGAAGAGUGGAAGCCUCGUACGAACAGGGAGAUGUGAAAAGAUGGCCUUCAACUGUUGUAGGUGGACGACCAAGAGGAUUGUCUGUAUUUGGUUAAUUGUUUGCAUGGCUGUAGUGGAAUCGAAUGACGGAAACUUCCAACAAGGUGUCGAGGAAAGCCACGAAGAGGCGACAGAAACGGUCAAUCUGUCCACUUUAAUGCUGCACUCCGUCGAUGUAGAGUUUAAAUUUGAAAUUGGUGCCGGCAAAGAAGAAUGUUUUUACCAACAUCUCUACAAUAAUUCUGGUGUUUACCUGACGUAUGAGAUUUUAAGAGGUGGUGAUAAAAAUAUUGAUUUCUUUUUUCGAAGACCUCAAGGUGAUAUUGCGUACAGCCAGUUGUGGCAAAGCAGAGGAACGUAUUCCCAAGAAGACUCAAAAGAAGGAGUACAUGCAAUAUGUUUUGAUAACAGCUACAGUCAUUUCUCGUCCAAACUCGUGAAUUUCUACUUCUCUGCUUAUAUACAUGGUGAAAUAUUAGCAUAUUUUGAAAACAUUGAGCAAGUGGGUGUCGCUGUGGCUAAUAUUUCGGUUUAUCUCGAGAACGUCCAUGGUCACAUUCGACAGUCUUUAGCUGAUAUAAUAACAAGUCGUUCCCAUUCUUUAGUGGAUUUUUACAAUGUUUCAGAAAAUAACAGCCGUGUUCAGUAUUGGUCUAUAUUACAAUGCAUUGUCAUUAUUUCUACAUCAUGUCUUCAAAUCUUCUUCGUACGACGUUUAUUCAAAACGAAAGAUGUCACUCCUUCCAUGAAACCAAGAGCCUAAUAAAUUUAUUGUUUAGUAUUUUUCA